AUGCAGAGCCCUAUGGUCCCACUCAACGUUCCUCUGAGCGAUGGCAGAGGAGCAGGGACAGUCGUGGUGUCCAUGCCGGAGCAUCCACCUGAUUAUACAGUGUGGUCUAUUGCCACCUUCUUCUAUGGCAACCCGUGCUGUCUGGGCCUGGUCGCUUUGAUUUUCUCCAUGAAGUCCAGAGACCAGAAGAUGGUGGGUGACAUGAUUGGAGGGAAAUCUUAUGGCUCCAAGGCACGCCUUUUCAAUAUCAUUGCACUUGUGCUUUUCGCCAUAUUUAUCAUACUUUUCAUAGUGAUAAUGGUAAAGACUGUUUCUGCAGUUUCCAGCAUCAGUAACUAUUACAGCAGAGGAAGAACCUAUGGAAACUACUAAAACCCUCAUGUGAUUUCUCAGAAGAAAAAAUGUGUUGUUAAUGUCCAAUUAAUAAGCACAAAAUCAUAUAUCUGUAAAAUUAGUAAUAAAAGACUCUUAGUGAUCAAACUAUUGA